UUUCUCUCUUCCUUUCCUUGAUUUAAAUCUCUAGAAUAGAUAGGAUAAGAUUAGUGAGGUUGUUUAUUAUUUUGGGUAAGAAUUUUAGUUUAGGUGGGAUAUAAGUUUGUUAGUGCGUAAUGCCAAAAUAUUGUGUUCAACACUAUUUUGACUGUUCAAAUGGGGGGAACUGUUAUAAGGAAAUGAGCAGGAGUAGCUGCUGAAAAAGAAGAAGCAGGAAGGUUCCAGAAUUCUAGGAGAGGGACAGAGUUGCUUUUCCUUGGGGACAGUUGAAGCUGGAGGUUGGUUGGUCUAAGCUCCUUGGGUGUGCCUUGUGAGUUUGACUAGUCUCCCUCUCCUGUGGCUAUCUUUCUGAUUCAACUGCUUGGUCCUGUGUUCCUGUGUGUAUCCGGUUGUUGCUGAUAGAGUGAUAUUCCAACAGAGCUGCUUAAGACAUCCAAGAGCCAACUGAAUAAUGUAUUUAUUGCCUUGGACUUGAAAUAAUCUGAGCCCUACUACUGUAAACAGAAGGCCAAGAACUGAUGUGGGAAAUAUGGACCUAAUGAAUGGGCAGUCGAGCAACAUUAACAUUGCAGCUACUGCUUCUGAGAAAAGUAGCAGUUCCGAAUCAUUAAGUGACAAAGGCUCUGAACUAAAGAAGAGUUUUGAUGCUGUGGUAUUCGAUGUUCUUAAGGUUACCCCAGAAGAAUAUGCGGGUCAGAUAACAUUAAUGGAUGUCCCAGUAUUUAAGGCUAUUCAACCUGAUGAGCUUUCAAGUUGUGGAUGGAAUAAAAAAGAGAAGUACAGUUCUGCACCAAAUGCAGUUGCCUUCACAAGAAGAUUUAAUCAUGUAAGCUUUUGGGUGGUUAGAGAGAUCCUUCAUGCACAGACAUUAAAAAUCAGAGCAGAAGUUUUGAGUCACUAUAUUAAAACUGCUAAGAAAUUGUAUGAAUUAAAUAACCUCCAUGCACUUAUGGCAGUGGUGUCUGGUUUACAAAGUGCCCCCAUCUUCAGGCUAACUAAAACGUGGGCAUUAUUGAGUCGAAAAGAUAAAACUACUUUUGAAAAAUUGGAAUAUGUAAUGAGUAAAGAAGAUAAUUACAAAAGACUUAGAGACUAUAUUAGUAGUUUGAAGAUGACACCUUGCAUUCCAUAUUUAGGCAUCUAUCUAUCAGAUCUGACUUAUAUUGAUUCUGCAUAUCCAUCAACUGGAAGCAUUCUAGAAAAUGAGCAGAGAUCAAAUUUAAUGAAUAACAUCCUUCGCAUAAUCUCUGAUUUACAGCAGUCUUGUGAAUAUGAUAUUCCCAUGUUGCCUCAUGUCCAGAAAUAUCUGAACUCCGUUCAGUAUAUAGAAGAACUACAAAAAUUUGUGGAAGAUGAUAAUUACAAGCUUUCAUUAAAGAUAGAGCCAGGGACAAGCACACCACGUUCUGCUGCUUCCAGAGAAGAUUUAGUAGGUCCAGAAGUAGGAGCAUCUCCUCAAGGUGGAAGAAAAAACAUAGCAGCAGAAGGAGCCUUGCUACCACAAACACCUCCAUCACCUAGGAAUCUGAUACCACAUGGACACAGGAAGUGCCAUAGCCUUGGUUAUAAUUUCAUUCAUAAAAUGAACACAGCAGAAUUUAAGAGUGCAACAUUCCCCAAUGCAGGGCCAAGACAUCUACUGGAUGACAGUGUCAUGGAGCCCCAUGCACCAUCCCGAGGACAGGCGGAAAGCUCUACUUUGUCUAGUGGAAUAUCAAUAGGUAGCAGUGAUGGGUCUGAGCUUAGUGAAGAAACCUCAUGGCCUGCCUUUGAAAGGAACAGAUUAUACCAUUCUCUCGGUCCGGUGACAAGAGUGGCACGAAAUGGCUAUCGGGGCCACAUGAAGGCCAGCAGUUCUGCAGAGUCAGAAGAUUUGGCUGUACAUCUAUAUCCAGGAGCAGUUACUAUUCAAGGUGUUCUCAGGAGGAAAACUAUUUUAAAAGAAGGCAAAAAGCCAACAGUAGCAUCUUGGACAAAAUAUUGGGCGGCUUUGUGUGGGACGCAACUUUUUUACUAUGCUGCCAAGUCCCUAAAGGCUACAGAAAGAAAGCAUUUCAAAUCUACAUCAAAUAAGAAUGUAUCUGUCGUAGGAUGGAUGGUGAUGAUGGCCGAUGAUCCUGAACACCCAGAUCUCUUCUUGCUGACAGACUCUGAGAAAGGAAACUCAUACAAGUUUCAAGCUGGUAAUAGAAUGAAUGCAAUGCUGUGGUUCAAACAUUUGAGUGCAGCCUGCCAAAGCAACAGACAACAGGUUCCUACCAACUUGAUGACUUUUGAAUAAAGACAGGUUAAAAGCCUGAAAAAGAAGACAGAUGAACUGUGGCUCACAAUCGAGGAAGAAGGACCUGAUGAACGUGUGCCAGCUCUACAAAUGUGUGCCAGGACAGAGCCUUCAGGCUCAACCUCUAGACUUUGGGGAACUGAACAAACAAACACAAAGCACUAAUUUCAGGGAAUGGCCUCCCAAUGAGUAGUGUUCCCAAAGUGAAACAUUGGAGUUGCAACAUGAACUGCCAUGGACCAUGCUUCUUUUCUCUGAACUGACCUGUGGAAACCACUGCCUUAAAGAGUGAAAGGAAAAACAACAUGAAACACCAAAUAGUGUGUGUGAGACUUCUGGCGGUGCUGUGCUUAGGAUAGAUUGUAGCUAGUUUGCAUUUCUUUUAACUUUCUACUAAUUUUGAAGGGGGGGAGGGGGAAUCACAUUUUUUAGAUAUUCUUUAAAGAAAAAAGUAAAACAUUUCUUAAGGGUUACAUUAUAAGGAGCUGGGUUUGAACUAUGGAUAUAAAGAAAUUUUCACAUUCUAGGGAUUUUACCAGCAGCCCACUUUAAGAACUCUUCUCAUCCUCCACCCAUGUGUAGCCCCACUUUCUCUCAAACCACGAGUGGAAGAACUGUAAUUGUAAUAAUGUGAUGGGGGAGGGGUUAUUGUUGUCAAUGUUUUUAUUGUUGUUUUCAACACUAAACUUGCAAUUCUUAGUACUGUAUGGGGAACAUUAUUUUCUGCAGGAGACACAAAGGCUGAGUAUUCAUACUUACCAGACACUUGGGGACGGGGCUUGUUUUUGUUGAAAGAAAAGCAUGGACAUUUCUAACUGGGCUUAAAAGUUAGUCCCAUUGUCUGAUUCCACAGGCAUUUGCAUUAUUGAAUGGAGAUAGACUGAGGAGAGAAGUGUAAUCUUAAAGUAGACAUCCUCCCCAAAGGUGAUUUCUCAUCAUAACCCUACCACAUAAUUGGAAGGAUCAUCCAGUUUUCCAGUCACAUGUGAUUUAUGUCAGUAAGGUAUUAACCUACCUGAAGGGCUCAGAAAUAGUGUUUAAACUACAGAGUGCCAGAGUUUUAUUUUCUUGAAAUUAUUCAUUUUAUUAUUCAAGAAGAAACUCAGUAGCACAUUGGUUUAAAGGCUUCCCAUUGUGUAUAUGAUUUUGGUUUGUUUUUUUUUAAUAAAUUGAACAUGGAAAUUUUUUUAUCUUAAGAUGGAUAUAGUAAAACACAAUCAUUUUGAAAGGAAAAAUAUAAUGUAUGAAUCAAUUUGGAACAUAGAUUAAACUAUAAGAACCUUCUUAUACAAGCUACCCUUUAUAAUAAGACAUUUUUCUAGAAACUUAGUAAAGACCUUUAACAGGAAACAUAUUCUUUUAGUUAAAUUUUAUAUCUAUGUUUUAAAUUCCAAAUUGUGCUGUCUUCUGUACAACACUCCAUUUAACUCCAAAAAUAUAAAGAGGAGACAAAUGAUUACAAUAUUGUCUAAAUCCUAUCACUUCAGAAUUUCAAAAUGAGCACCUGAGCAAAGAUUUAACUAUUUGGUCAGCUAUACAAUUAUCACUAAAUAAACUUUUGAAGCCUCUUGCAUUUUAAAAGUAGCUCAAAUUUAGAAAUAUUAUAUGACAUUUUAUAGGAAUUUAUUUCUGUCUCCACAUUCCUAUUACAAAAUUAGCCUCAUGUAAAAUGAAUAAUUUUACACACAUUUUCUUAGAAAGUGGUUUUUUUGCUCUUUACCAUAAGUAUUUAGCCCUUGAUCCUGUGAAAUUUUAAAAAGAUAAUAUUAUUAAACCCAUAAAUAAAUAAGGAUCAAUUUUGAUAAGAAAGAGGAUGUUAUGCAAAGUCUUUCUAAAUGUUAAGUUCUAUGGAUUUCUUUUUGUUUCUGAUAGCAAUUGCUUAGUAUGUAUCUGAUAUAAGGCAGUUAGAAACAACAUGUGAUUUCGUGUCCAUUAUCUUCUGUUUUUGUCUAUUAUAUAAGAUAAUGGUUUUGACUUUAAAAUGUUUUAUUUUGGAAAGCGACAUGAAUUGGAAGAUGACAAAAGGAGUUGCCUGUGCCUAAUCAUUUUUCAAUUCAUGCAUCCCCCAAGUCUGACCCAUGUUGGGUACAUAGCAAAGACACCAUCUGCAUAGCCAACAGUAUUACUAUGUAGAGUUUGCACAUCUUUGAGUUUGUCUUUCAUUUUUUAAAAUUCCUUAAUGUGUUUUGUUUCUUUUCAGAAAUAAGUGUUUUUGACAGUGUGUGUACUUUAAGAGAGACGGUGUAGAUGAGAACCCUGUGGAUUUUUAUUAUAUAUAAAAGCUAAUAUUGCAGGCUAACUAUUCUAUUCUCCUGUUAGAGCAAAAAUAUGCAACUGGGAGUCAGCCUAAUGUCAUAUAGUUUUGCCAAAGACAGAACCAUGUUGUGUUGGAAGGUGUGUUUGAUAUUUCCAACUCUUAAAUCCACAUGUUCAUUUGCCGAAAUUUGAUUGGAAUGAUUCCACUUUACCCAUAGAUUUAUUCAAGAUUCUUGAUUUAUCUCCAACUUCAGAUUAGUCCAUUUCAAGGAAUUUGUCAUUGAUGCCAAAAUUAUCAUAAUAUUUAAAACCAAUUACAAAUAAUAGUCAUCAAUUAAAACAUUGUAGGUACGAUCCACAAGUAACACUAUUUUUAUUUUACCUGACAUUCAUUCACAUGAAUAUUUCAGUAUUGUAUAAUCGCUAAAGUUCUUACCAAGUUUCCUAACUGGUUGGUUAGAAGAUAAGAAAUUUUUUCCUAUCUUAUUAAGCCCACUGUUGCUUCCAUUUUUAUGUGUUCCAAAUAAGAUCAUUAAAAUGUCCUUUUUUUCCAUCCUUCUUACCAAGACUACAUUUAUGAGGAAAUUUAAAUUGAUUUAGGGAAUAAACCAUAGAGGUUACAUGUCCAAAAACCCUGAAUGGAUAAAAGCAAACACUUAAUUUAAGGCACAUGUUUUACAUCUUAAGAAGUGUAUUUUUAGCAUACAAAUGAAACACCAAUUCUAAAAGCUUAGGAACAACAGCAAAUUUCAUUUUAUCUUGAAUUUACAUGUUUCCAAUGAUUCCCAUGUUCAAGUCUUACAUGCUAUAUCUAACGAGUAUUGUUUUUAGAGUAACUUCCACAUUGCACGGCUUAAGAGAGAACUGGUCAAACACACCUUCCUUUUCUCCAUUGUGUAAAUGUUCAUUUGUAUUGACAUUACAAAGAGGGAUCCAAACAAUUUGAGUUCAGGUAUUCUUCUAGGCAUGUGCUUCAUUUUUACAAAACUAUUUCCUGUGGAAAAUGCCAUAUGACUACUGCACUAUGUACUGUAUGAACUGUGUUGAUAUGUGAUAUAUCUACAUGUUAAGUCUACUGAAAGCAAGGGUGAUUCUGGCAGCAUGGUGUUUGUACUGAUUUUCAGUAGUCUUCCGAAAGACUCAUUUGAUGACUGUAAGAAAUCAGGAGACUGGCUGAAAUGUAUUCUAUUUGGGGUCCUUGAAUAGUAGUCUGCUGAAUCCUAUCUGCCCUUCUUUCCUGUGCUUCAAGUUUUACCUAACCAUUUAGGCUUUUUUUAAUUUUUCCUGUCCAUACUAUAUUUCAGGGUAUUUUCUUUAAACUAAGACUCUGCUAUGCAUGUUUAUUGCUGAAGUAUAGAAAGAGGUUAUCAAAAGUAGAACAAGUCAAAAAUUCAAAAGAGACUUGCUUUUUGUCAAAAAGAGACUUUCGUUCUCCUAUUGGUUUCCCAGCCAUUUCUUGAAGCACAAUUAAAUUACUUGUCCAACAUAGCAUCUUACUCUGAGAAUGAGGUACUAACUAGAACAGUGUUGUCUAUCAGAGGGCCUUUUUGGCACCAACAAAACCUCAGACUCCAAAGGCCCAAUGGAUAAUUGGAUCCCUUUUUGCAAAUGGAGAAUUCAAUUACGUCCCCGGUAGAACAAUAAGAUGACUCUUCUAAGUCUAGAUAUGACAAAGCACGUGUUGAUGUCUAUCUGGCUUCUUCAGUGGCAUUUUAAUGUGGGUUUUCCUUUUGUUUAGAUUUAUAUUCUUUUCCAAAAAUAAAAAAGUCAGAUUGUUUUCACAGUCAAUGUGGUGUAUACUGGUUUCUCUAGGCUUCUGAGUGUGAGAACUAGUAUCGAAUCACAUUGAUGAAUUGCUUUCCUUGUGAAAUCAACCUUUUAAAAAUUAUUUAAAUGCCUUUUUUUCCUUUCCCAGAAAAAUGGCUUGUGUCAUAAAUGACUUUCUACAUGGAGGAUUCUAAUAAAAGAAAUCUGCAUAUAUAAACACUGAGCUUGUUGAAAGGGUAGAUUCAAGUUACAGUGUGAGGAAAACUUGGUCAGUGCCUUAUCAAUUUGAAGACCAAUUCUAGGGCAGAGAGUAUGACAAUAAUCAUUUGCAUGCUAGCUCCUCUUAUUUCAGGAAUGUGUGCUAUCCCUCUCUCCACCAGCUUAACCAAGCACACAUUUGGGUAGGUGACUAUAAGUUAUUGGUGUCCUCCUUGUGGUUUUGAGCCUUUUGAGACAUACUACUUCUCUGUCCUGUCCCUUAAACCCUGUCAUUUAAAAAUUACCUUUUAAAAACAAAUUUAAGAACUGUCUUGUUAAGAGAUGCUUCUGUCAUCAUAGAAUGAAUCUGAGACCUUUCUCAAGAGCUUUGGGAAAGGAUAAAAUAUAACCAGAGAAAAAGUAUUAAUGGCAAACCAUUAUGUAAUAGCUAAAAUUGGACUAAGAUAAGAGAACUAGCUCUUAAUUGAAGAAAUGAGACAUUCCCCUUAGUUUGUUCAAUCAGUUAUUAAGUUUCAGUAUAAUAGUCAAAAUAACGUGUAGCCGGGAAAUCAAGUCAUCUUGAUGUUCACUAGCAAAUAUAACAGGAAAGCUAAACAUUAUCACCUUAAGCUUCCUAGUACCCUUAUUUAAUAACUUGUUUAAGUUCAUAAAAUGUUUCCUUUUAAUUUUAUGAUCAUUUUUUAGUGAAAACUAGUUUCAAAAAAAGGCUUUCACUGAAAUUCAAGUAAGCAUCAUUUGAAUACAAUAGAAUUUUAAGCUCAACUUGAAGAGGAGGAAAGAAAUGAAAUUGGAUUUACUAAUGAAAACAAUACCUUUCUAAAUGCUUUGAGCUUUUACUUCUCUGAGUUCAUUUACAAGAACUGGAGCUAUUGUUUCAACUGAUUCACCAUGUUAAAAUGUUCACUUUUUAAAGGGCUAAUGUGACCAGAGGACAGAUAUAAUCAACUAUUCAAAGGGUCUUUAAAGCCAAAUGAAGAGUUAACCAGGUCAUCUGGGGUUAUUAGAGAGAGCAAAUUUUAAAUUUCGAGUCCAACUAUUUGUACCGCAGGAAUAGUGGUGGGAUUGUUGGAAUGGAAUAUGGAAUGGGAUGUAGCUUUGGCUGAAUGCUUUUCCGGAAUUAACAAGCCAAAAGCAGCAUGAUUAUUAGGUGCCCUCUCAGUGCUAAGUCGCUGGUGUUGUUUCCCCUUAUGACAUAUAUCCUACUAGUACUACUCACAAAUAUGAUCCAAUGACAGUGUAUUAAGCAAGUUGUAGCAUAAUGAAAGAGAGGCUCUAGAAUAAUGCCUGUUAAUACAUUGUCAGGAUUUCUAAGGCUUUUGACAUCUUGAUGACUACAAACUCAUUACUUCACGAUCUACUAGAAUGUGUGUGUAGGGAGGAGAGAGUCAUACAACUUGAUCUAAUGAGGAUCAAAAUCUGUGGGAAUCAGUAUCUAAGUAGAUAUGAGAUAGUGUUAAUAAGCAGUAAACACAAGCCAUUUUUGUUCCUCUUUAUCCCAGUUAUCCCAAGAUCCAGUUGCGAUAGAGACCACAACUGCACUAUGACCUCGUUGAGUGAUGUGCAUCCUUGGCUCUUUGGAAUUUUUGUUUCUUUUUAAUAUGUGGGUGUGCGUGUGAUCUUCUGUGUGUUUGCAUAAGCUAGUUUAAAAUGAAUUUAAGUGCAGAUUUCAGAAAUCUUUCUACUGAAAUAAAUUACAUAAAAUUUA